GACAAUGACAGUCACUGCCUGCUACCAUCCGUGCCAGUGAAGCAAUGAAUUCGAUGAAUGAAUUCUUCUGUCAUUUAUGUUGUACAUGUUGGUAGCUCUGACCGAAUGUUUUUGCAAUUCAAAAACAGAGCUUUUCAGUGUGCGACGAUGGCCGAUCCAAAAAAGGAACAAUCUGCAACCGUCAAGUUGUAUCUGAUUCUUUACAACAGUAUUCAAUUUCUAGGAUGGUUCUACAUUUACAUACAAUUUCUUAUGCACUACUUUGUACAUGGUAAAACAACGGAAACCCUGUGGGAUCGAGUCGGAUCGGUGACGUACUAUUUUCAGCUACUUUGCAUUUUUGAGUUCUUCCAUGCCUUGUUCGGUCUGGUUCCCAGCAAUGCUUUGAUUACGUUGAUGCAGGUUUUUGGACGCUGUCUGGUUGUGGUCGGAGCCAUUGAUGCCACACCAACCGGAAAACUAUCGCCCGGUCUACCGAUUGCACUGUUCUGCUGGAGCCUCACGGAAACCAUUCGCUACAGUUACUACGUGCUGCACCUGGCACUGCCAACCGUGCCGGGUUUCAUGAGCUGGCUGCGAUACACCAUCUUCAUUCCACUUUACCCGCUGGGAUUUUUCGGUGAACUGCUAUGCUUCUACUGGGCCCAGAGUUACAUCGGCGAAACGGAUAUGUGGAGCGUUUCGAUGCCAAAUCCAUACAAUUUUACCUUUUCCUUCUACUAUUUUGUGUGGAUAAUGGCCAUCGGGUAUCUGCCGAUGUUCCCGCAAAUGUAUCUGCAUAUGUUUUCCCAACGAAAGAAGAUUCUUGGCGGUGAACGGAGUCAGAAAGUUGCGUAGAUGUCACAGAAGAUUUAUGUUCCAAAGUUAGGAUACUAGAAUUUACUUCAUUGCCAUGGGCAAUAUCAAACCGGAAUUUUGAAUAGGCAUUUAGGUGUUGUUUAGGUUCAAAGUAAAAUAGAAGCACUGAUAACAAAAGUUCCAGGCAAGUUUUUUGAAGAAUUGAAAAAUUGAACUUUCAUUUAAAAACUCAUAAAGUAGACCUUGUAAAUAGACCGUCCCACAACAAAAGGGCCUAGCUGCAAAUGACAGUUUCCCUUUGUUUACUUUUUCUUUCACGAUUUACCGAACUAAUUUUAUAUUUGACGCUUUACUCUUCGCAAAACUUUCAAAGUAAAACUACAAUCUUUCGAUUUAUAUUGGAAACUUUAGAGAAUUUGCAAUAACGGCUCCGUAAUAACCGAAAGAGAAAGUAAACAAAGAGCGGCUCUCAUUUGCAGUUAGGCCCUUUUGUCGUGGGACUAUCGAAAUGUUUAAUCCAUGCACUGAAUAUAAUUUACUCACAGAAUGAGUGUAACUGUCUCUGUUUACGUAGUUUCCCUACAUACACGGAAAAUUCUUUCAACUGUGAUAUGAGAUCAAGGGUAGAGUCGAAAUGAUUAAGGCUAUAUUUACCCAAGUUCCUGGUUGCUUUCUUCACCAGGGUCGUUUAACGUUUGGUCUUCGGUAAAAAAUUCACUUUUAUUCGCGAGCUUCCCUCCCAACCUUCGGUCAUUGAGCGAAUCGUUCUAUAUUUGACAACUACUACAAAGUUGAACAAAAUAAACGGCACAACUUUAAUACAAAAGCACGUACAGUUUUAAGCUUUUAAAUACAAUAUUCUUUGUUCAUUCUUGUUCAGGGAGCGUCAUAACAGUUUUAUGAAUAUUUGUUAAUUCUAAACAUAAGAAAAAUCUCUCCUCCAGAAAG